GCUUCUGACACAUUUGUGCUCACUAGCAACCACACCAACAGACACCAUGGUGCACCUGACUGGUGAGGAGAAGACUGCCGUCACCUCUCUGUGGGGCAAGGUGCACGUGGAUGACGUUGGUGGUGAGGCCCUGGGCAGGCUGCUGGUGGUUUACCCCUGGACUCGGAGGUUCUUUGACUCCUUUGGCGACCUGUCCAGUGCUGCUGCCAUCAUGGACAAUGCUAAGGUGAAGGCCCACGGCAAGAAGGUGCUCAACUCCUUCGGUGAUGGCCUGAAGAACCUCGACAACCUCAAGGGCACCUUUGCUCACCUUAGUGAGCUGCACUGUGACAAGCUGCAUGUGGAUCCCGAGAACUUCAGGCUCCUGGGCAAUGUGUUGGUGUGUGUGCUGGCCCGCCACUUCGGCAAGGAAUUCACCCCGGAAACGCAGGCUGCCUAUCAGAAGGUGGUGGCUGGUGUGGCCAAUGCCCUGGCCCACAAGUACCACUGAGCUACCUUUCCUGCUUUCAGGAAAGGCACCUCUGCCUCCACAGCCAAACAACUGAACAUGGGAAAAUUGAAAGGCUUUGAGCAUCUAGCUUCUGCCUAAUAAAGAACAUUUGUUUUC